GCGAGCGUGAUCGCGUGUAUCGUCGCGCGUGCACAUGACGGACACGCCACUCGUCCAACACAAAAGCGACUUCGUGAUUCAAUCAAUCAUGUCGAACAUCGACGAGUGUUACGUCGAAAUUUUACGGCUUGUGAAACAGGCUGGCUCGAUCAUCAGAGAAAAAAUUAAUCAACGCAAGGACGUGCUCACGAAAUCAUGCGACGUUGAUUUAGUUACAGAAUGGGAUCAAGAGGUAGAGAGAUUUUUAAUCAAUGAAAUAGCGACGAGAUAUCCCGAGCAUAAAUUUAUCGGCGAAGAGUCCGCUGCUUCAGGUCAGAAGAUCAUAUUAACGGAUGCGCCAACAUGGAUAAUAGAUCCGAUCGAUGGAACGAUGAAUUUCGUUCACGGCUUACCGCACACAUGCAUAUCGGUUGCAUUACUCAUUAAUAAAACAGCAGAGAUAGGAAUAGUGUAUAAUCCGAUCCUAGAACAAUUUUUUACCGCCCGUAAAAAUCAAGGCGCUUUUCUCAAUGGCGCUCCGAUUCGCGUAUCCGGCGAGAAAGAACUGCGCAAGGCACUAUUAAUGGUAGAGAUGGGAACAAGUAGAGACCCGGAGAAAAUGAAAAUAGUCUUAGAAAAUAUAACGCUUCUUACUUCACGUGUUCAUGGAAUACGAUCGCUCGGUUCGGCGGCUUUGAAUAUGUGCAUGGUGGCUCUCGGUGGCGCCGAUAUCUCCUUUGAAUUUGGUAUACACGCGUGGGACGUCGCAGCCGGGGAUCUUAUAGUGCGAGAAGCCGGCGGUGUAUCAAUAGAUCCAGCUGGAGGUCCGUUCGACGUGAUGAGCAGAAGAACUCUGUGUGCAUCAUCGACAGAAUUAGCUCAAGAACUUUCCCAAAUAUUAAUUCAAUAUUAUCCGACGCGAGACUGAGAGGCCUGAAAGUUUCGUACGCAAAUGAAAAUUUACGUUUUGCAUAAGUGACAAAUUAGAUAAUUGAAUAUAUCGCAAGUAUCAUUAAAUAAAAGUAAGAAAUUGGAAUUAAAAUUAUAUUACUGUAAAAAACAGUUAUAUACAAUUUUAUGAUUUUAGAAAUUAUUGUGAUGGAAUCUCUACAAUCUUUAGAACUUUUAGGUUUUAUAGAACCAGAAAACAAGUAAUAAUAUAAUAAAGUUAUUAGAUUUAAAACCAA